UGCGCAUGCGCAGAGGCGCCUGCUGUAUGACGCGUGUACGCGCAGACACCGGUGCGCUGUGCUGGAGUUUGACGUGGCACUCUCGGCACGCAAUUCAACAUCAACAGAGGAAAGGACGCAGUUCAUCGUUUUCUCUCAGGUCACCUUUUUUUUUGUCCCAGACUGGAAUGACAGAGGUAUAACAAUAGGAUGAGUCAGCAAGGUUAUGUUGCCACCCCUCCAUAUUCCCAAGCCCAGGCUGGAAUGGGGGGAUACUCUACUGGAUUUGGGAACCCCCCACCUCAAUCGCAUUAUGGGGCCUAUGGAUCCCCACCACAGGGUUAUUCUGCCCCACCGACAGGUGUGCUCAAGCCACCUGCCUCCUCUCCUUCUGGGAUGCCUCCAAUACCAGUAUCCAGCCAGUAUGGUGCUAACAUUCAGCAGAACGGGGCCCAUCCCCACAGUUUCGCUCCUCCUGCUGCUUCAGCUCCAUCCAUGUCUUCUUAUGGGCAGCCUCCUCAAAGUGCUUUCUAUAGUAUGGCACAAUCCCCACCUCCAACUCAACAGCUGACUAAUCAAAUGAGUUCCAUGAACAUUGCAGGAUAUGGUCAAAGGCCCAUGCAGUCUCCUUCAAUCUCAGCAGCACCACAACAAUUUCAAACAUCACCACCACAACAAUUCCAAACAUCACCAUCUGCAAUGGGACAUCCUCCUCUUUCUCCACCUGGACAGCAGCCGCCUUCAUUAGGGUCUCCUCCACCAAUGGCCACUAUGGGUUCUAUGUCAGCUCCACCUAUGGGAAUGUCUGGCCCUCCUGGACCAGGUGUCCACCAGCCACCACUUGGACCCCAAGGCUAUCAACAGCAACCAGGGAGCCCAAUUGCAGGACCUUAUGGUGCACAAAUGGCAGGACCACAGAUGGCAGGGCCACAAACAGGUGCUUUCCCAGGAGGCUUCCCUGGAGCUCCAUCCCAAAUGGCAGGCCCUCCUCAGAAGAAGCUGGACCCAGACUCUAUUCCAAGUCCGACGCAAGUGAUUGAAGAUGACCAGGUUAAGAGAGGGGGCCAGGUGUAUGUCACAAACGUUAGGGGCCAGGUGCCUCCACUGGUCACCACAGAUUUCACAGUACAGGAUCAAGGGAAUGCUAGCCCAAGAUUCAUGCGGUGCACAACAUAUUCCUUCCCUUGCACUGCUGACCUUGCAAAGCAGUGCAAAGUGCCUCUGGCAGCCAUUAUCAAACCCUUCGCUACCGUGCCCAAAAAUGAGACUCCUCUGUACAUUGUAAAUCACGGUGAGACUGGACCAAUCCGCUGCAACCGCUGUAAGGCCUACAUGUGUCCUUACAUGCAGUUUAUCGAUGGAGGACGACGCUACCAGUGUGGUUUCUGCAGCUGUGUUAAUGAAGUUCCAGUGCAGUAUUUCCAGCAUCUGGACCAUAUGGGGAGAAGAAUGGAUAUGUAUGAGAGACCAGAAUUGUCUUUGGGCUCAUAUGAGUUCAUUGCCACGUUGGAUUACUGCAAGAAUAAUAAGCCUCCCAAUCCUCCUGCCUACAUCUUCAUGAUCGAUGUCUCUUACAACAACAUAAAAAGUGGACUUGUCAAACUAAUAUGCGAGGAACUGAAGACAUUGCUUGACCGACUUCCAAAAGAGGAGGGAGCCGAAAGUUCAGCCAUCAAAGUGGGCUUUGUCACUUACAACAAGAUCCUGCACUUCUAUAAUGUGAAGAGUGCUCUGGCCCAGCCACAGAUGAUGGUGGUCUCUGAUGUGGCUGAGAUGUUUGUACCUCUUCUCGAUGGAUUCCUCGUCAACUUCCAGGAGUCUCGGCCUGUCAUCAACAACCUUUUAGAUCAGAUCCCUGACAUGUUUGCUGACACCAACGAGAGUGAGACUGUUUUUGCACCAGUCGUGCAAGCUGGUGUGGAGGCCCUAAAGGCAGCUGAAUGCAGUGGCAAACUCUUCAUCUUCCACUCCUCCAUCCCAACAGCAGAGGCUCCAGGAAAACUGAAAAACAGAGAUGACAAAAAACUAGUCGGUACAGAAAAGGAGAAGACUCUGUUCCAGCCUCAGCGGGGUGUGUAUGAGCAGCUGACUAAAGAUUGUGUGGCUCAGGGCUGUUGUGUCGACCUCUUCCUGUUUCCCAAUCAGUAUGUGGAUAUGGCCACCAUGGGCGACGUGCCCUCACAUACUGGAGGCUCAAUCUACAAGUACAGCAACUUCCAGGUGGAGGUUAAUGGUCAGCAUUUUCUCAAUGACCUCAAGAGAGAUGUGGAGAAGUCCAUCGGAUUCGAUGCCAUCAUGCGUGUCCGUACUGGCACAGGCUUCAGGGCCACAGAUUUCUUUGGUGCCGUACACAUGAGCAACACUACAGAUGUGGAGAUGGCAGCAGUGGACUGUGACAAGGCCUUGACGGUGGAGUUUAAACAUGACGACACACUCAGCGAGGAGUCUGGAGCUGUGAUGCAGUGUGCUUUGCUCUACACCACCAUCGGUGGACAGAGGAGGCUGCGAAUUCACAACCUCAGUCUGAACUGCAGCGCACAGCUCUCUGAGCUCUUCAAAAGCUGUGAGACAGAUGCCCUCAUCAACUUCUUCGCCAAGUCAGCGUAUCGGGCCAUGCUCAACCAGCCACUGAAGACGGUGAGGGAAAUCCUGGUAAACCAGACGGCUCACAUGCUGGCCUGCUACAGGAAGAACUGCGCCACUCCUUCAGCAGCCAGCCAGCUAAUCCUGCCUGAUGCGAUGAAGGUGUUUCCCGUCUACAUGAACAGUCUGUUGAAGACUCCAUCUCUUGUGGGCAGUACUGAGCUCUCCACAGAUGACAGAGCCUUCUACAGAUUCAUGGUUAUGGCGAUGGGAGUGGAGGAAACCCAGGUCCUACUCUACCCUCGGCUCAUCCCGCUGCACACUAUGGAUGUGUCCAGUGAGUCAAUCCCAGCUCCAGUGCGCUGUUCUGAGGAGCGGCUCAGCGAGUCAGGGAUUUUCCUGUUGGAAAACGGGCUCUCUAUGUUCCUCUGGCUGGGACAGGCCUGCUCACCUGACCUCAUCCAGAACCUCUUCAAUGUGCCCUCUCUCGCCCACCUGAACUCAGAAGGGCAGACGUCAUUACCUGUGCUGGAUAAUGCUCAUUCCAGGAAACUCCAUUCAAUCAUCUCCAGCAUUUCACAGCAGAGGGCCACAUCCAUGAAGCUGAUGAUAGUGAAGCAGAAGGACAGAGCAGAGAUGUUGUUCCGUCAGCACCUGGUGGAGGAUAAGGGUCUUCACGGAGGGGCGUCUUAUAUGGACUUCCUGUGCUAUGUCCACCGUGAGAUCAGGCAGCUGCUUACUUAAGGCUCUCUCUCUCACACACACACAGAUAAGUGUGUUAUAGCGCACAGGCAUCUUCUCUUAUAACCUCUGCAGCUGCCUAUGAUAUAUGACCAAAAUCUUUUUCUGCAGUUGAGUAUGACCCUUGUGCUUUAUUCCUUUCUGUUUCACAUGAGGGAUGCUGGUAAGUGGGUGUUUAGAUUGAACACCUUCAAAUGCGCCACAUCUCUCUGUUCUGAGAAGCCAUUAUGUUGAGAAUCUCUCAAUGACUUUAUUAAAUCAUCCCUCCAGAUUUAAUUUACCAAAGGGAAACAUUUCUCACAGUCAACACACAGACAAAAUGAACAAAGCAGGCUCGUAAUGUGUGGAUUUGAGUGGAAAAUCUGUGCUGUGUCUAUUAAAUUAAUAGAUGACAUCUUUGUGACUGGAACUAUACAGUACCAAACUUGCAAAUAUAUUUUUUUUAUGACUUCAGGGAGGACACCAUCACACAUAACUGAAAUCUAGUCAUGUACAAAAA